CGCAACUACUAAAAGAAGAAAAAAGAAAAAGAAAAAAAAACACGCGCACACAGCCGCAAAGCACAGUGAGGCGAGCAAGGAGAGGGAGGGGCGCGGGCGCGGCGCGGCGGGGCGGGGCGGGCGGAACUAGGGUUUGGCCCCUCCCCCGAUCCGGCGGUGCGCGGCGGCGGACUCACCCGGGCUCGGCGGCCGCGUUGGAGCCCCGUGGCGGGGUUGGUGGGCGCGGGUCGGGCGGCGUGGUGGGGGGGUUUGAGCGCUGGGGCUCAGAUCUGGGAUGGCCGACGGCGGGGAGGAGGGGAAUGCGGUGGCUCCCAGGGGCGCCGCGCGGCGGAGGGGGCCUGUGCGGGCCAGCCUCGACGCCGACGAGUUCAUCGCGCUGAUGCACGGGUCGGAUCCCGUCAGGGUGGAGCUCACCCGCCUCGAGAACGAGCUGAGGGACAAGGAGAGGGAGCUCGGGGAGGCGCAGACGGAGAUACGCGCGCUACGGUUAUCGGAGAGGGCGCGGGAGAAGGCCGUGGAGGAGCUUACAGAUGAAUUGGAGAAGAUGUUUGAGAAACUGAAGUUGACAGAAUCUCUCCUUGAUAGCAAAAAUCUAGAAGUCAAGAAGAUUAAUGAUGAGAAAAAGGCUGCAAUGGCUGCUCAGUUUGCAGCAGAAGCGACUUUGCGGAGAGUACAUGCAGCACAAAAGGAUGAUGACAUGCCACCAAUUGAAGCCAUUCUCGCACCGCUUGAAGCUGAGCUAAAGAUUGCUCGGCAAGAGAUUGCAAAACUACAAGACGACAAUAGAGCUUUGGAUCGUCUAACAAAACAAAAGGAGGCAGCACUACUAGAAGCGGAAAGGACUGUGGAAAUAGCAAUGGCAAAAGCUGCUAUGGUUGAUGACUUGCAAAAUAAGAACCAAGAAUUGAUGAAGCAAAUAGAGAUCUGUCAUGAAGAAAAUAAAAUAUUGGACAAGUUGCAACGCCAAAAGGUUGCAGAAGUUAAAAAACUUAGCCAGACUGUGAAAGAUCUGGAAGAGGCUGUUCUUCAAGGUGGUGCAACUGCUAAUGUAGUUAGAGAUUACCAGCGGCAAGUUCAGGAAGUGAAUGAACAAAAGAAGACACUUGAAUGUGAACUUGCCCGUGCAAAAGUUACGGCAAAUAGGGUUGCUGUUGUGGUUGCCAACGAGUGGAAAGAUUCUAAUGAUAAAGUUAUGCCCGUUAAACAAUGGCUUGAAGAGCGCAGGUUCCUGCAGGGUGAAAUGCAACAACUUCGUGAUAAGCUUGCUGUUGCAGAGCGGACAGCACGAUCUGAGGCCCAAUUAAAGGAAAAAUAUCAGUUGCGCCUGAAGGUUUUAGAAGAUGGACUCAGAGGGCCACCAAGUGGCUCUAGUCGUCCACCUACAGAAGGAAAGAGCUUCAGCAAUGGCCCUUCCCGUCGGCUAUCACUUGGUGGAGCUGAUAAUAUGUCCAAAUUGUCUCCAAAUGGUUUAUUAACGAGGAGAUCUCCAUCUUUUCAUUCAAGAUCCUCUCUUUCUUCUAGCAGCAGUUUGGUCCUAAAGCAUGCUAAAGGCACUUCAAAGUCAUUUGAUGGUGGCACUAGGUCAUUAGACAGGAGCAAGAUUAAUGGGAAUGGAGCUCAUUUACUUAACCGAUCCACUGAUGCUGUCAGAGAUUGUGAAACUAAUGAUAAUUGGAAAGGAAAUGCAGAGGAGGGUAUUACUGAGAAUACAAACAGCAACACUGAUGGGAGUAACAAGGGAACUGCAAACAAUAAGUCAGCUGAGUUGGUAUCUGGUUUCCUUUAUGAUAUGUUGCAGAAGGAGGUAAUUUCUUUGAGAAAGGCAUGCCAUGAAAAAGAUCAAAGUCUAAAGGAUAAAGAUGAUGCGAUUGAGAUGCUAGCCAAGAAAGUAGAUACCUUAACUAAAGCUAUGGAAGUGGAGGCGAAAAAAAUGAGGCGAGAGGUUGCUGCCAUGGAGAAAGAAGUUGCAGCUAUGCGUGUUGAUAAAGAACAAGAAAUCAAAGCUAGGCGUCUUGGUAGUUCUAAAGGGACCGGAAGUUCUCAAAUGCUUUCGGGAAGCAGGAGCUCAUCUCGAAGUGGGCAUACUCGCAACUACCAAUGACAGCGGCACUAACACCAGGCGGCAUUCGUCGAUAUGUUCCAUUUCCAUUUCACCCCCCGUAUUUGUUCCAUUCAGUUCCCUAUUGAUUUUGUGGCCAAGAUCAUAGCACCUGCGAUGUGAUACCUAGAUUGGGGAAAGAGUAGGCUCGGGUCUGAUCUGACGUGAUUGCGUCUGCACUAUGGAGGAAACGGUCAUGAGGCGAGGCCCUAAACCCCCAGUGGGCUGGUGCCCCCUCCCUUUGUCAAGCAGUGCAGCGCAUCUGGUGAUGUAUAGGCUGGGCGAUCUCUGCGCCUUCUCCCAUCUGUUAAAAUUUAUGUAGCUAGCGUGUUUGUUUGUUUGUUUCUGCAUGCCCAUCAUCGCCCAGGUUGUGAAUAUCGUUGCUCACAUGAUGAUUAUUGCCCCUCUGUUUGCUGCUCUG